CUGUACCAUGAGGGCGGAAGUGGCGUCAGGGCGAGACUUCACUGAGGGCAGGAGUACACCAUGGUUGGCUGGGAACCCUGAGGGCGGAAGUGAUGUCCAGACAUGCCUUCCCUGAGGGCGGAAACGCUCCGUGAUUGGCUCGGAGGAACCCAGGGCGGAAGUGCCGUGCAGGGCUUGCCGGCACUAUGGGCGGAGGCUGCGGGGCCGGACCGGGCUCGGGCCGGCGAGGCGCGGUGCAGCAACGAGGGCAGAAGCAGCUCCCUGCCGCUAGGACCCCUGCGGGGUUUGUUGCCGAGCGAAGGUGGCGCACCGGCUACACCGAGGAAAGCUGCAGCUGGCGUGCUGCAGCCGCGGGUUUCCCAGGAGAAAGAGCAGCCCGACUGUCCCAGCUGUGCAGGCUCGUGUGCGUCCGUUUGCCUUGUCCCGAUGGCUGGUGUAGAUGAUCGCUCACGUGCCCCAAAGCUCCUUGUGCUGAUGUUGGAUGUGCCCCUCGGCAAAGGACUGCAUCCCGUGUGUUCAGCUUUUCUUCCUUACCGUGUCGUACGUAUAUAGGAGAAAAGCUCUUUCCAGAGAGAUGGAGAAGGAAUUAAUUAUACCUCUGCCUCAUCCUGUGAGACCAGAAGACAAUGACUGACUAACUGUAAGCUGCGAUUCUCAGGAGUCGCAUGGCUGAGAGUCUCGGGUUCCUUCUCUGCCUGCCCCCCAGGGCCUUAGGCAUGAGAAAUCUUAGGCUUAAUGUUUUUGCCUAUGAAAUACUGUCGCGUUAAGGGGCAUAGCUGACUAACUGUUACGGUUCUGGUCGGAUUCAGGGUACUGAACUAUCACGGUCACGGGUUCACCUAAAUAACGUAGCACACCCUCUCUCUAGUCGCGUUCAAUGAGAACUGUCACGGCUAGGAACAAUGCACUGAACAGCAAUUUAUUACAGCAACAAGGACACAGGUUCUUUGGAUCGCCGGCGGUAAAUUCACUGUCCGCGAAAGCAAGCGAGCACGCGUGCUCAGCGCUCAGUGGUCGCACCUUGGAGGCACGGAGCUUUUGGGAUGGAGGCGUGUUUUGAUCUUAUGAUGAUACUAGAAUGAGCAAAAGUUCCCUAGAGUACAGUGUUUUGUUAAAAACAUGACAGGUCGUUGACUCAGGGUAGCAAACGUGCAGCUUAUCGGUCUCAGUGUGCACAAGAGCAUCGGGUCCCCAUCUGGUCGCAGAGCCUAUCCGUGGUGUUUCCACUCCGCCUUACGCUCCGUCCUGUUCCUUAGAGUCAGCACACCGCGUUCCCCUGGUGCGAUAGCAUGUGAAGUUGGAGGCCUAGGGAACGCUUAGGUAGCGCAGCUGCCCUCCACCCUGAAAGCUUCUUCAGUGCUGUACGCUUUCUUUAAAAGGUGAAUAUGAGUUUAAUUGGCCUAGUUACUUCAGGCAAUUACUCCGCAACUACCCAAAGCAGCGAUAGUGAGAAGCCCACUUCCAGCAUCCGCUCCCCACGCAGGGACGGACGGGUGGACAGACGGACGCCGCUCUUUGCCUUGCCCGCCAGGGGAAGGGGAGAACGACCGGGCAGGGAGCCCCACCGCAGCCCCCCUCCCGGGAGUCCUGCACAGCAGUUUAAUAAAGUUUGCUUUCCGGCCCGUG